CUUUAGUAACAAGUUCGGUAAGGAAAGGGAUUUUAUUUUUUAUCAUACUAACGAAUAUUCUCGCUUAUGAACCGAAGUUUUAAGUACUACUAGUUAUCAAGGACCAGACUUAAUUCAUUCCUGAGGUCAACAUUUCACAUGUGCCACACAUCGGUCAGGAGCCUCAAUAAUAUCUUCCUGUAGGAGCCAGAAAGUGCAAAAAUGAACUCAGCCAGUAAAGUCGGUGAAAUUUUUACUACUGCUGGUGCUGCGUUUAAUCAGUUGGGAGAAUUGAUUCUACAGUUACAUCCCACAGCAGAUUCACCUUCUGGGGGUAAAUGGUCGGAUGAGGAAAUCGCGAUGCUCCAGCAGUCAGUCGUAAAAUUUAUGGAUGACUUGGCCCAGAUCAGUGCUCACAUUAAAAAGAAAACAGUGUCACAAAUUCGAUCAACUUUAAAGAAGAAAACAUUUGAAGAUGCUGGUAUUCCUGUAAGGUCAAUGUCACAGCAGUCAAUAGUCGCACAACAACAGCAGCAACAGUCAAUGAUCGGGAAAUCUGCAGAAGUUACCCUUAAUAUGUUGAAUGCUCCGGAAUCAGAAGUUGAUGUCGAAGGAAUGCACGAAGAUGUUAAUGUGAACUAUGACGGAGCUAACGAAGAGGUUCAUUCGUAAAAUUUCCUCAUUCGGAUGGUCCUAAACUGGGUCAAUUUGUCCAUAGGUGACUAUAAUGCCUACUGCAAAAUAUGCGCCGGAAUCGAUUGAUCUCUGAGUUUUAUUUUAAUUAAGAAUGGUGUCAUGUGUGCGCUUCCCGCUAAAGUGUAAAAAAAAUGUAAAAACAAUAAUUGUAAAUCUUCUCUGGGAGAACAUGUAUAUAAGGAAACCAUAGGAAUAUCGAUAUCUCAGUUGGAAAAAUUUUAUUGUUAAUCCUGUUACUUAGUUAUUUUGAGAAUGAGCCAUCAUUUUACUGACCUAAAAUAGAUUCUUUAAAAAAAUCCACCUCACCAAGCUAAAGGGUAAAAUUUAAAUGCAGUUCAAAUAUGAAGAAAUUUAAAAUAUUUGAAGAAGUUGCCAGAAAAAUGAUCACAUCGCCAGGCCCAUAGCAAUGGUAGAGGUCAAAUCUCAUUUUUUUGUUUGCAAGAGGUUAGCCUACAUGGGAAAAUAUUCACCUUUGAUCAAUUUGAUUAGUAUUAAUUGGUACAUAGCCGACAAAAUGAGUUUCUUUGUGAUAUUUUUCUCUUGUGUAACUAGCUUUGAAGAGUAUUCUUUAAAACCAAUGUUAUGCGUUUUGAUCAGUGACCAAUUGCACAUUAGGCUUUGAAAAAAAAUCAUUGGAUUUUAUGAUUAAAAGGUUUCAUUGAUACAUAAUAUGCAGUUAGAAAAGUGAUAAAAAUGUCCAUGAAGACGUCGGCGAUGUUUGAUUCUUUAUGAUCGGUCGUAAACUUCAUUUCAGAAAUUGGUCUCCUAUCUAAAGAACUUAUUUUGUGUGUCCAAUUCAUUGAGUAUUCAUCAUUUUCAUUUAUUCUAUAGGAUGAUGAUCUCUUUUCAUGAUAAUAAUUACACUCAUUGGAAGGAAAGAAAAUUUAAAGAUCAAUACCGAGCCUUAUUCUAUUUAUUACUUAUUUAUACAGGAAUUUUCAUUGUCUGAAGUAUUUACGUUUUUAAUUUUAUUUUUGAAAGUACCAGGGCACACACGUUUUUGUAAUAAUCUGUUCUUAUAUGGAACUUUUCAAAACUGCAAACAUUUGAAAAAUUCAUUUUAUCUGUGGACUUUUUUAAUUAGGUAUCUUUCUUGACAUUCAACUAUCACAAUCAAUUGUCAUCUGGUUGGAAGUGAAUGACAUUUCGAGUUAGUUUUGAAUAAAGUAUUUUUGUAAAGUCA